GGCGUAAACUGUUUUUGACUCGCGCGGUCGCGGUGAUAGCGAGUCCGAUAAUUUUUUUUUUCCACAAUCAGUCAACCCCGUCUCCCUUGCAUACACCAGUUAAUGUUAAUACGCUAUCAGUCCCGUCGGUCGGUCCUCCUCGGCGUCGGACGAAACCACUAAAUUCCGGUCCGAAGCUGCGUUCUUCCCAAAACCACUGCCGCCGUCCUGCCUGAGGCGUGACACAAUUUCACGCUGACCGUUGUUCAACAAUCACUGUAAGUGCGAUCACGCACACUGACGACAACACGGAAGCUGCCCCACGUUUUCGUCAUUUCCGUUUCGAUUUUGGAAUGACCAGCGUUACACGUCGUUCAUCAUGACUGUUGACUUUUGUGAUUAUUUCUGGGGUGAAAAAAAUAAUGGAUUUGACAUUUUGUACCAUAAUAUGAAACAUGGGUUAAUUGCUAAUAAGGAUCUAUCAGAUUUUUUAAGAGAAAGGACUAAUAUCGAAGAAACAUGUUCAAAAUUACUUGCAAAGUUAGCUAAACAAACAAGUAGUAGUUCAAAUACAGGAACAUUCAAUCCUUUAUGGCAAUUACUUCGUUUAUCUAUUGAAAAACUAACCACAAUACAUAUGCAAAUGGUACAUAAAGUCUGUGAAUUAGUGAAAGAUGUUACUAAAUAUACCGAUGAAUUGCAUAAAAAACAUAAAACUGUUAAAGAAGAACAAAGUGGAACCUUAGAUGCAGUACAAGCCAUUCAAUCAACCUCAUUGGCCUUACAAAAAGCAAAAGAUAUUUAUGUACAAAAAGGUGGAGAGUUAGAUAAGCUUAGAAAAGAUAAUGCCUCUGCUAAGGAAAUUGAAAAAGCCGAAAUAAAAUUAAAAAAAGCUCAAGAUGAUUACAAAUUAUUAGUUGAAAAAUAUAGUGUUGUAAAAGAAGAAUUCGAAAAAAAAAUGAAUAUAGCGUGCAAGCUUUUUCAAGAAGUUGAACAAUCACAUUUAAAACAAAUGAAAGAUUUUCUCAACGUUUAUACAGAUCUAAUUGAAACUAAUCAUGAAGAAAUUGGAAAGGUUCAUGUUGAAUUCAAAAAACAAUGUUUAGAAAUGACUGUGGACAAAUUAUUGGAGCAAUUUGUUUUAACAAAAUAUACGGGAUUAGAAAAACCAGAAAACAUCGAAUUUGAGGAAGUUUGUCUGAAUAGCACUACCAAUAGUUUGAAUCAGGUUCCAGACUCUUCAAGUGAUUCAAAAUCAAUUCAAGGAACCAAUUCACCAGUCUUUACGAGUACUCCACAAAAUUCAUGUUCAGCUAGUGUAGCAUCUGAAAAGCCUACGGCAAAACGUGAAGGUAAUUGCCGUAUAAGGGACAAGAAAGAUGCUACCAAUUACCAGUCCUCCAGAGCAACAUCCUUACUCAAUAUCUUCAUCUCCAACUCCCAUGGGUUUUUAAGAAGUAGAAGAGACAAACGUAAAGAAAAGAAAACUAAAAAGAAAAAGGACUCAAGUGGUGAAACAAUUAGUAAAGAAGAUAAAUCUGAUAAUGAAGAAAAAGAAGAAGAGUCGAAAAAUUGUGCUCCAGAAAUAGAUGAUGAAGGAUAUUGUAUUCAGCCAACAGGACAAUGGACUAUUGACAAAGAAGAGACAUUUGAUUCCUCAUCUGAUUCAGAUGAAGAAAGAGAUAAAAGACUACACGUUGAAAUAAAACCAUUGAGCAAUGGGGCAGGUCCAAUCAGCGCAAGUGUUGAUGAAUUAAGAGCCACUGUUGAAAACAUAUCAUUAAUGCCGCUAGGAACACAUACUUUGAAGAAUCGACGAGGAUCAGCUAAUGAUGAUGGUACCAUGAAACGUUCUAAAUCUGUUUCUCAGCAAUUGAAUACUGCGAAAAUAAGUAAUGAUCUGAUAGGACUGAAUUUGUUUCAAUCCAGCGAACCCACUCCUAAUUCAGUUCAGCAGACUAAUUCAAUUAAUAGUCCUACAUUAUCCUUAACUAAUAAAUCCAUUUCUCCGCCAAACGUUUUCCCUGUGGUUUCAAAAUAUGCUGCCGGUAAUAACCUAGGUGAUUUGUUUUUUGAUGUUGGAGAUGCUCAACAGUCCACUCCAAAACAAGGGCCUCCAUCAACCACUCCUCCGGUGUGUUCCAUUUCUAUUCCUCGUCCUCCUUCAAGACGUGAGAAUAAUGGACCUCGUAAUCAACUUAGUCCAAUAAGUAUUGGCAGAACAGACAGUGUGUCAAGUCUUGAUUUUCGAUCUUCCGGAGUUUUAGGACCAUCUAGAGGACCAUCACCAUUAACAAUUGGAUUAUCUGAUUCCAUUCCACUGGCUGUUGCUUUUCAUGAAAUAAUUCAUGCAUAUUUCAAAGAAUCAAAUGAGUCAAGGUGUCAAGUAAAAAUGUUUGGAGAUAUGAUGGUUUCGUUUCCUGCAGGUAUUGCAAAUAUUUUAGCAAAUAAUCCCAAUCCAGCAAAAUUAUCAUUUCGUUUGAAGAACACUGUUCGGGUAGAAAAUAUUCUUCCAAACAAACAAUUAAUCAUAAGUGAUAGUUUUAUGUCUUCUGAUUCAAACGUUUUUGAGUUUAAUAUGCCUGCUCUUACUUCAUUAUUACGUAAACAAUUUGAGCAAAAUCCUGCUGCAUCUUACUUUAAUGUUGAUAUCUUAAAAUAUCAAGUAAAAUUACACAAUACUGCAGCUGCUUCAUGUCCGUUUCAAUUAGUUUCAUUUUACAAAUGCAGUAAUACUUAUACAGAUCUUAAAAUUGGUUAUAAGUUUAAUAGUCACGCUAUGAGUGUUCCUUCCCCUUUACUGAAUGUUACUGUUUCUGCUAAUUUGAAUUCAGCAAUACGUAAUAUGCAGUCCAAGCCAACUGCACAAUGGGCACCAGAUACAAAAACAGUAAGUUGGAGGUUUGCAGAACUUGCUCAAUAUUCUGAAAGUCAAGGUUCUGGUUCUUUAAAAGCAAGAUUUGAGGUUGAUAGUUUAUGUCCUAUAUCAACAAUAGUAACUCAAUUUAACUGUGAGGGUACUACAUUAUCUGGAGUAGAAUUUGAGCUAGCAAGCAGUGGUUAUAGAGUAUCAUUGAUCAAAAGACGUUUUGUUGCUGGUAAAUAUAUAUGUGAUGGUGAACCAGAUCCCAAAAGCUCUACUCAACAUUCCACUGUGUCAUCAGAUUGUUAAUUAUCAGUUACUUUAUUAUUUGUUUUUAUUUAUAUUUUUUUAUAUUAUUUAAACUCGAGUAUUAUAAUCUCAACAUUUUUUU